AUGGCGUUUAGUCAAUUAACAAUAUUUCUUUGUUUAACAUUUAUUUUAACUACAUUAGCUCAAUUACAAGCACCAUUUAAACAAUGUGGACCAUUAAGUGCUGGUCGUAUUCUUAAAGUAUCCGUCAAUGCUCCAUGUACAAAAGAAUAUUGUACAUUUUAUAAGGGUACUGAUGCUCGUCUUGAAUUUACAUUUAACUUAAAGAAAAAAGCACAUAAAGUUCGAGCUAAAGUAGUAGCUACAAUUGGUACAAUCGAUCAUGAUUUUGCUUUACCUAAUUCUGAUGUUUGUGGACAACUCUCUUGUCCACUUACAAAUAAUGUUCCUUAUACAUAUCACAAUAGUAUGUAUGUUAGUCCAACUUAUCCAUCGGUUAAAGUCAAUCAAAUGCGUUACUAUUUAAUCGAUGGAAAAGGUCGUGAACUUGCUUGUGUUUCAUUACCCGUCAUGAUUACUGAAAAAGAUUCCAAACUUUAA